GCUGCAGAGUGCAGAUUAAGCUUAAUCAUUUCAAUGGUUCGUGAUUGAAUUUAAUUAAAGUGUUAUUUUUAUUGUUUGUUAAUUGUUGUCUGUUGAUAUUUGAUAAAUACUUUUUAAAAUAUACAUUUAUGGCCGCUGUUCUUUUUAUUUAUUCAAAUGUAUACCUAUGAACCUAAAUUGUUUCUAGAAAUUACGUUUUACAUACUGUAAUAACACUAAUAUGAAACAAGUUAUACGUAAAACUGCAUUAAUAUAGAGUAACAAUGAACAACUAUACUGAAGAUGGAGAUAUCUGCUGGUAUCAUGGAAAGAUAUCCAGGGAUACAGCUGAAGUUAUUUUAUUUGACCAUGGUACUAAUGAAGACGGUUUAUUUUUGGUCCGAGAAAGUAAUUCCGCAUCCGGAGAUUAUGUCCUUUGUGUUUUACAAAACUGUGAAGUAGUUCAUUAUCAAAUUAGACGUCAUGGUGAAGAUGCUUUUUUUUCUAUUGAUGAACAAAAUAUAAUGCAUGGAUUAGAAACUUUGAUUGAAUAUUACACUAAAGUUAAUGAUCCAAGUUUAGGAGUACAACUUACAAAACCUGUUAUCAAAGACCCUCCGCCUCAUGACACCAGAAGACAUGGACGUACUAAUCUUUUACACAGAGCAAUUAGUCAAGCUAAUUGCAAAGUUGUUACAGAGUUGUUGAAAUGUGGAUAUAGAAACUUGGAGGCAAAGAAUCAAGAAGGUCAAACUGCAUUACAUCUGGCAAGUCAAAUGGGCCAUGAUCAAAUUGUUGAAAAGCUUAUAUCAUGCGGUGCAAAUGUAAACUGCAGAGAUACUGAAGGCUAUACACCUUUACAUUUUGCCUGCCAAAAUAAUUUAUUGAAUACUGUCAAAACCUUAUUAACAGUAGGUGGGGCCAAUAUUCAGUUAAGAAAUUCCUCAACUGGAUGGGUAGCUUUACAUGAAGCUGCUAGUAGAGGUCAUAUAGAGAUUGUGACUUUAUUGUUAUCUAUGAAUGCUCCAUCAAAGCCCCGUACAUAUGAUGAUCUCUUACCUUCAGAUCUGGCUCAUGAUAAUGGCCAUAGUGAAGUUGAACGCUUAUUAAAGGAAUACAUUCCACUCAUGCCGACUUCACGAAGAGAUAAAUGGUAUCAUGGAAAGCUUGAUCGCAAUGAAGCUACUACAAUACUAAAAAAUAAAGGUAUUGAUGGUAUUUUUUUAGUAAGAAUGAACAGACAAAAUGGCUAUGUUUUAUCGAUGAUGUGUAGUGAUCAGUGUUAUCAUUUUAAAAUACAAGACAGAGACAAGUAUUAUUUCAUUGAUAAUGGACCAUAUCUAGAUUCUUUGGAACAUCUAAUACAACACUAUACGCUCUUUCCUGAUGGAUUACCAAACAAAUUGGAAGUCCCUGUUAUUCCAGAUGUAAUACCUCCUCUACCAAAAGGAUUUCCAUGUAAAACGAUAAAAAAGCCUAAAUCCAAACAGACAGAUUUCCAAGACAAUAUUUUAAGAGAUAAUUUGAUUUUAGAUGAAGUUAUAGGAGAGGGUGAAUUUGGAUCAGUGUACAAGGGAGUUUACCAAAAUCGAGACGGUCAUGAAGAGAAAGUUGCUAUAAAAAUGUUACGUUACGAUAUGUCAUCAGCUAAUAAGUCUGAAUUUAUACGCGAAGCACAAGUUAUGAUGAGUUUAAAUCACGAAUGUGUUAUUAAACUCAUCGGUAUUUGUGAAGGACCACCUUUAUUGAUGGUGCAAGAACUCAUUGCCUUGGGAUCUAUGUUGACAUAUAUUAUAGCACAUCCAGAGCUUAUAAGUCCUAAUUAUGAGUUAAAAAUGUGGGCCGCUCAGAUAGCAUCUGGUAUGUCUUAUUUAGAACAAAAACGGUUUGUGCACAGGGAUUUGGCAGCAAGGAAUAUACUUUUAGCAGAUAGACAUCAAGCAAAAAUAAGUGAUUUUGGUUUGUCACGUACAUUAAACGUUGAUAAGGAUUAUUAUAGAGCAUCACACGGUGGACGAUGGCCAAUUAAAUGGUAUGCACCAGAGUCUUGUAAUUAUGGAACAUUUUCUAGUGCUAGUGAUGUGUGGAGUUACGGUGUUACUUUAUGGGAGAUGUUCUCGUAUGGACAACAGCCCUAUGGUGAUAUGAAAGGUGUAGAUGUAAUUGGUAUAUUAGAAAAAGGAGAAAGAUUACAAAGAACUUCUAGGUGUCCAGUCGAAGUUUAUAAAACAAUGGAAAUGUGUUGGGCUUAUAAUUCUAAAGAACGACCCACAUUUAGUCAGCUAUCAAAAUUAUUUGCUUCAGAUUCCGAUUAUGAAAAUUUCAAGGAUUUUAUUAAACUUUAAAGUUUUCUGUGAUUUGAUAUACAUACAAGUUUUUUUCCUAUUAGCUGUAGUUUAAAAAUAUAAUGUUAAGAAAAUAAAUUAUUUUAUUAAAUACAACUAAUAACUCAAAUACAUUUAUAAAAAACGAUCAGAAACUAUUUUUAAAUUUUCUUUGUUCUAAGGAAUUGUAAAAUGUAUUAUUUA